CUUUGGCACUCUGUGGCUUAACCAACCAUUAGCUGUCAUUAGUGUCAUUAGAAGACAACAGGAAAAUUUAACUUUGUAUGAUAAUUGGGAUUUUCAAUUAUAUCAGCGACAUUUUGUCACUUUAUUCCAAAUAUGCUGUUUAUUUUUUACAAAAAAAAUUAGGUAAAUGAUGGAUUCUGAAUUAUUGAAUAGCGACAUAUGUAGAGUGUGUAGGUCUGAAGGUUUACCCGAAAGACCUCUCUUUCAUCCAUGUAUAUGCACAGGAAGUAUCAAGUGGAUACAUCAGGAAUGCUUAAUGCAGUGGAUGAAGUAUUCCCACAAGGAAUAUUGUGAGCUAUGUGGUUACAGAUUUUCUUUCACACCAAUAUAUUCUCCAGAUAUGCCAAGACGUUUACCCCUGAGAGAUUUGGUAUCUGGACUUCUCUCAUCAAUUCUAACUGCUGUCAAAUAUUGGUUUCAUUAUACUUUGGUAGCAGUAGCUUGGAUGGGCAUUGUACCCUUAACAGCUUGUAGAAUUUACAGAGCUCUUUUCAAAGGAUCCGUAGAUGGUAUACUCUCAUUGCCUUUUGACAUGUUAUCGACUGAAAAUGUUACUUCUGAUACAUUCCAAGGUUGUUUUGUUGUUAUAUGUACCUUGUUUGCAUUUGCUGGGUUAGUAUGGCUAAGAGAACAAAUUAUACAUGGGGGUGGACCUGAAUGGAUGCAGAGAGAAGAAGAGGAUGUUAGGGUUCGUUUGGCACCAUUAAACAACAAUGAGGCAGAACCAUUGGCAUUGGUACCUGAACAAAAUAUACCAGAGCCUGAGCCUGUUGCUGUAGCUCCUGAAAAUCCAGAGUUCCCAGAGGAUCCAGAACUGAACGCAAAUGAAGAUAACAAUUGGAUACCAAUGGAGUGGGAUAGAGCGGCUGAAGAGAUAACUUGGGAGAGACUGUUAGGUCUGGAUGGUUCUUUAAAAUUCAUAGAACACGUAUUUUGGGUUAUAUCUCUGAACACACUAUUCAUCAUCAUUUUUGCGUACUCCCCUUAUCAUAUGGGUCUCUGGACUCUGCACAUCACCAACAUGAAAGAGUAUGCGUCUGCCAGUCAUUUUGAGGGACUCCUCACCACACUUGUCGGAUAUUGUUCUGUCGGAUUCCUCUUUAUGUUUUUCCAUCGCAUCGCCCAUUUCUUGGGAUUCCAGAAGGCUAAACGUGUCCUGGCAUUAGGCUAUAUAGUCGUGAAAGUUUCUCUAUUGUCAGUGUUGGAGAUAGGAGUUCUACCUUUGGUUUGCGGAUGGUGGUUGGAUAUUUGCUCAUUGUCAAUGUUCGACGCCACUCUGAAAGACCGAGAAAGUAGCUUUUUGGCAGCACCCGGUACCUCUGUCUUCAUCCACUGGCUUAUCGGAAUGGUAUACGUUUAUUAUUUCGCUUCUUUUGUACUUUUGCUCAGGGAGAUUUUGAGACCAGGCGUAUUGUGGUUCUUGAAGAAUUUCAACGAUCCAGAUUUCAGUCCUGUUCAAGAAAUGAUUCAUCUGCCUAUCCUACAACACGUGCGGAAACUUCUGAUCUCCGCGGUUAUUUUCGGAAGUGCCGUUCUCUUGAUGCUCUGGUUGCCGAUCAGGAUCAUAAAGUGGGCCCUGCCCGCCUUCCUGCCCUAUUCCGUUUACCUCAAUAACGAAACUCAAGUCAACGAAUUGUCUCUGGAACUCAUGCUACUUCAGGUCAUUCUUCCCGCUCUUCUGGAACAGAGUCAUACCAGGAUCUGGCUGAAAGGUCUGGUUAGGAAUUGGUGCAGGGCCGUGUCUUGGAUUUUGGGCAUACACUCUUAUCUGCUCGGAGAGACUGAUGGCGUGGUCAACAGGGAGCAGAACAACGAACAGAAUAAUGGGAAUCCACAGGACGGUGGAUUGGGCGCUGCGCAUCAGGCUUUGUUCAUGAUGGAGCCUCCGACAGGUUUUCAGCCCUACACCAGACCUUCAUUCUUCAUGGCCCGUCUCCUGGGUCUGCUGAUAUCCGUCUGCAUCUCUUUGGUGAUUUGCAGCGUAUGCGCCCUUACAGUUCCAGUAUGGUUGGGUCGUAAGGUGAUGGCGUUGUGGCUGUCAGGCGGCCCCACAGUCGUCACACUGAUCGCGAAGAACACCACCCAGGAACAGCUGAGCGAAGUCAAAGUUCACGAAUUGUACACAGCUGCCUGCGGACUGUAUGUGGGCUGGUUGACCGCAAGGGCAGUGAGCUUGGUGCUGAGCUGGUUGCCGCAAGGAAGAGCGGCCAUGGCGGAGAGGUUGAAGCAAUGGUGCGUUUUGGGACUCAAAACGGUGGUUGCCAGUUUCCUUUUACUCUGGGUUAUUCCUCUUUUAUUCGGGCUUCUGUUCGAACUGGUGGUUAUAGUACCUUUGCGAGUUCCCAUACAUCAGACUCCAAUACUUUUCAUCUGGCAAGAUUGGGCAUUGGGAGUUCUUUACACUAAGAUAGCCUGCGCGGUAACAAUGAUGGGCCCGGAGUGGUUCUUGAGAAACGCAAUCGAACAAGCUUACCGUGAUGGUAUUCGUCAGAUGCAACUCAGAUUGAUCAUUGAAAAUCUGGCCCUUCCAGUCAUUGUUUGUUUUGGUCUGGCUCUCUCUGUCCCUUACAUAAUUGCUUAUUCAGUAGUGCCACUAUUCGUCAGCUCAUUCCAGUUGAAGAAUUUGAUAGCCAGGAGAAUUUACCCCUUUCUGCUAUUAUUGUUCAUCUCACUAGUUUUCAUAUCUUUUCAAAUAAGACAGUUCAGGAAUCUGUAUGAACAUAUUAAGAACGAUAAAUACUUAGUGGGACAAAGAUUGGUGAAUUAUAACCAUAGGAAAAAAAGUACAUCAACUACGUAAUUCGGCUAAAUUAUCGACUGAUGCUCUUGUCGACCGUGUGUGUUAUCAUGUAACCAUUCACAAACUCAAAUAUUCUUUUGGAGAUAAAGACUAAGAGACUGUCACUCUAAGUUAUUUUUAGCUUAUGUCAGGAUUUCUAAUCAUUUUUUCCAAUAACUGUUAUGCUCGGGGGCAGCAUGGCGAUUUUUCUUGAAUUUAUUCUCAAGAAUAUUUUGUUUUUGUUAUUUGAUAUUUUUUCUAGAUAUUUGGUAUGUAUUGUAAAUAAUACUAAUGGAGCUGCAAUUUUAAAAUGUAACAUUGGAUGUGUUGAUCAGUUUAUGAAACAGUUGUACAUAUUUAUAUUCUUAUUAUAGAUUAAAGUAAAUUAUUAAGAA